AUGGGGUUCGUGCAUAGAUGGAGAGCAUGGGUUAUGGAGUGUGUGACAAAUGCAUCUAUAUCGGUUCUAAUAAAUGGUUCUUCAUCUAAGCCGUUCAAAUUGGAAAGAGGUUUGAGACAAGGUGACCCACUUUCUCCUUUCUUAUUUGUUUUGGUUGUGGAUGUGCUGCAUCGAAUGGUUGGAGAGGCUAUCAGGAACAGUUGCAUAUCUUCGUUGUUGGUAGGGAGAGAUAGUAUAGAGUUGUCGCACCUGCAGUUUGCUGAUGAUACUAUUCUAUUUUGUCCACCUGAAGAGGAGACUAUUAAGAGCUACCAGUGGCUUCUGCGAUGUUUUGAGUUGAUAUCAGGACUAAUGAUUAAUUUUGAGAAGUCCAGCUUGAUUCCAAUUAAUUGUGAUGGGCAGUGGGUCUAA